UAUCUCCUAUGGUGGUAGUCAUCAGCGAUUUGCAAAAGAAAAGAAUUGGCAAAUACCAUGUCAACGAUUUAAAACCAGCAAAAAAGGGCCUUCGAUCGCAAAACAAUUUGUAAAUCUCUUUUGAGGUUCGUUAUGGAUUCAACAAACAGCAACGACAUCGACAACUCACCAAACUCCUUCGAGAUCUUAUCGACUCAGAUUUCCACGGUCUCUGAAGAUGGAAAUCAACUGGGGUUCGACCAACAGCCAACUGGUCUAAUCGCGUUGAACAAAGACAACUUCGACUACUUAGUUAACUCACGCCAAGAGCUAUCUAACCAGUUAGUGGAAGCCAACCAAAUCAUCGCCACACUUCGCGAAGAAAUUUCUGCAAUCAACGAGAAACCCAACAACAGCGGCGUUCCAAACAUGGCAGCGCACUACAAGCUGCUCACCGAUCUACUCCUCGAGAAGCAAAAUCUCGCUGAGCAACUCGCGAAGCACGAAAAUGAAGCCGCCCAGCACGAAGAUGAAGUCGCCCUCCACAAAGCUGAAGCCACCCACUUCAAGGCUGAAGCCGCAAAAUUACAGAAGAUCGUUGAUAGCUACGAAACAGAUUAUAACGCGCUUUUGGCCGAUUACAACUAUAUGGAAAAGCUUCAACUCCGUACCCGCAAUCUCUUCCGGCAUAAAAUUUCCGAAGUUUUUAAAAUGCAAGCGGAACUUCGCGAAAUACGAAUAAGGCCCAAGGCUCCCGAUGGCUGCCUCAACUGCAGUAUGCCAGGACACAGCUUCAAAUUCUGCCGAAACGAGUACACUGGACGCUUCUGUCAAAAGUGCGCGAACCCAGAUUUUAGCACCGACGAAUGCCCAUGGCCACAUGUGGCAGAAGGAAAAUUCGACAUUCCAGAUCACCAACGCUGUAAGACUUGCAAACGACCAAAGAAUCUACCAGACGUUAACUGCGGUGAAUGCCGCAAACGAGAAAUGGAACGCAGAAUCGCGAAGCGCGACCAGCAAAUGCUUGAAGUCAUAAAGCAAACAAGCAGUCUACAAAUCACCUCGAAACCGCUACCCGCGCAAGAAAAGGGCGCAAUUCCCAAGUUGGUCUCCCUACUCAAGCUUGAAGAGCCUUUGAACGAAUCUUCACCACGAGCAGAGACUACAUCGCAAACUCCGCCCCAAAAGCAGAAAUCUUCGCGAAAAACAAUUUCUCGAGAUGACAAAAAUGCUUGCGAACUUGCAAGUUCUAACUCGCGAAAACAACCCCCAGCAUCUCCACCUUCAGAGAACGACACCGGAAGUGAGCCUAGAGAUAUCUGCAAAGUCCUCGCACCAUUCGACUCGGACGACAAUAACAUUGAACUGUGGAAGACGCUAUCUCAGGCUUAUGAGUUAGGCAUCGAAAAAGAAAAAGAGUGACUCGAAAAUGUUCGCGAACAACAAAAAAAAAGUGACUUGAAAAUGUUCGCGAAUAACAAAAAAAUAUAACUUCGUUUAAAGACUUUUUAGUGCCUUACAAGGACAUUAUAUGCUGUGAUUAAGACUAAGUGUUUAUGUACAACAUACCAAUUCUCAAAUCUUGUAUUUUGCGUUAAAAAAAAAAAAGAGAAACUUAUCACAUAGCAUUUUAGUUUAUAAGAUUUUCUUACAUUUUCACGUUCAAUGGAACAAGAAUUCCAAAAAAAUUCGCACACGUUUUGUUACAUUUAUAUGUUCUACUAUUUCGCUAAAUAAAACAUUAUAAUUCGAUAAAUUAGUGAUUUACUUCCUUAAAAGAGAACGAACGUUAACAAGUACUAAUUUUCCUUUUAUUUUUUCAGAAAUGGAAUCUCAAUCAUUUUUAAAAUUUAAACUAAUAAUUUAUUUUCUUUACCAAUCAAGUUUUGAUUUCUUAUUCACAAUGGUCAAUUAAGAUGGACUAAUAUUGCGAAAAUUCUUUUGUAUGUUCCAAUAAUCAUGUUCUUUCAGCACUAAGUACCGAAUACUGCAGUAACUCCGACUAAGUAAGGGGGAAUGUAACGAACCGAAUUAAUUAUUAUAUUCGCAGUAACUUUGCAUUCACAAUUUAAAUGUCAGUCUUCGAUGUUCGAUUAUUAACUAUCGAUUAUUGAUAUCGCGACGCACGAAUCGAUGCGAUACUUCCCAUAGUCGAGAGAGCAGACGACAAAACCGCGUGCUAAGCAAAAAGACGCCGAGCCGGCAGAUUGUUGCGAGCAUCGCCUGAAGGCACACGAAUAGUGUAUCAUUCGCGAACUCACUAUUACUUUGUAAUUUCUUUGUCUACUGUUGAUUCUUAUUGAAUAAAUAAUUGAAUUCUUAAAUUAAAUAAACGUCGCGAAAGUAGUGAGUUAUUUCAUAGUGUCCUUCUUAUUUCCCACUAUUGGAUAUUUAUUGUUCGUCGCAGAGAGCCAGCAUCACCGUCUUUAAAUUUCUAAAGAAAAUUUUCUGGGGAAGAAAGGAAAAGGAAGAGCAAGUGUCAGUUGAUAA